AUGAAAGACUGGCGUGAGCUGUCAUAUGCCAACUGGACAGAAUCUCAUGUGAGUUCCUGGCUGAGAUCCAUUGGAAUAAAAGAAGUGCAUAUUAUAAAAAUGGAGGAGGAGGAAGUGACAGGACCAAUUCUCACAACUUUACACCAAGAUUUCCUCAGAAAAACAAUUGGAAUGAAAAGUGGCCAAAUUGAACAUUUAUUGAAGAAACGAGAUGAACUUUUAAUACCACAACAGCAGAAAAUAAAAAAAAGUGAUCUGUCUGGUAAGAGUAGAGAUGGCAAAAAAGAAACUGUUGAAGAUGUAGGACAAGAAACCCAGCUUUCACCAUUUCAUCACAAACCAGAGCAUAAAAAGAAUCCUACAGAUAGCAGUGAAAACACGUCAUCUACAGAAGUAACUCUAUCUUUUUGUGACUAUCGAAAAUUUGACCAGGAUGAAAAGGACUUCAGGUAUGUGAAACAUCAUGUCCUGCCUCCUGAGACAGGGACUGAAAACAUGAUGGUUCCAUGUCAUGAAUAUAAGUCGCUUGAGAUUGCAUACAAACUAGAGUCAAAGAGGUUACAAGUAAAAGUAGCCAGUGAAGUACUAAGAUUUGCAUGCGCAUGCAUGAAUAUGAGAGCAAAUGGGACAAUUCACUUUGGCAUCAUGGAUAAAGUCAAAGGAACUCACAAGCAUGGAGAAAUCAUCGGGAUACCUGCAAACAAUCGAGAAGACUUUGUGGAUGCAUUAGACUACAUUGAAAGGUGCUUCAAAGGGUCAAAUCAACAAAGUGAUGCCAGGAGUUGUAUAAGGCACCCCCGAUUCAUUGAGGUGCUUGACAAGGAAAGUAGUGGGAACACAUGGGUCAUUGAAUAUGACAUUGUCCCUAAAGCAAGCAUUGUAAAAGAUAAGCUUUACUAUGUCGGUGUUCCUAAAUUCUCUGAAAAAGACAACAAAGUCAAAUGUGAAGAGAAAGUUCCCUAUUACAGAGUUGGAGCAAACACACCACGUGUACCUGAAGACGACCUUGUUCUUUUCAUUCAAGGACUGAGAGAAAAAGACCAACAGAGAGAGGAGGCAGAAUCUACAAGCAAUGAAACAACUCUGGACUUUGGAGAGGAUCAAAAGAGGAAACUUUCUAUCCUUCUAACAUGUGGGAAAAAGCACAUGGACAACUCUCUGUUUUACCUUGUUGUAACAAACAAAUUACAACCAGCACAUCUUGACAACAUAAGCUUCUUAGUUCACAUGAAUUUAUUCUGUGUGUUUGACUUUGACCCAGAUUCAAAGACAUCUGGUUUUUGUGGCAGAUACAAGGAACAGAAGGUGACAAACCUCCACUUUCUUGAUGAUUAUGCAAAUGACAAUAAAUUGGGAAAUACUAACAUCAUAAAUUCUUUGCAACUUUUCGAGAGAACAAGUUGGAUUUUUUGCAAUGGAAGACACAACUUCCCAGGUGGAGAACAACCCUGUGAUGAGAAAACUUGGAUCAAAACAAGAAAAAGGAAACUGAAAAAAGUAGUGUCACUCAUCUGCAAUGAGAUACUUCCCAGAGGGUCAUUUGUUGUCCUCUUCCUGCUCAUGUCUGAAAUUGAACAGCCACUUGUUGAAAUUUUUCACGAAUUCUAUGCAGAGAUGAGCGGACAUGAAUUUCUGACAGUCUUAUCAGAGUCAAAGGAAAACUACACGAAGUGGUCAAGUCUUGCCCAGGUGUCUUGCCCAAUUUCUGAUCUCAAAGAAAUCAGCAUUGUUGAAAUGCCACUGAGUCAUGUGGAUGCCACAGUUCAAAGCAUUCAACUAUCAAAGAAUCAACCCAGAAGGACAUUACCAGUCCCAAAUGGAGGCUUGUGCUUCAUAAAGUCUGUUGAAGAGUCUAUGCUAGAUUCUUUGGAAAUCAUCAGUGUUGACCAGUGUGAUGAUACAAAACUAGAGAUCAUGAGUGAGGAGGAAAUCCAACAAACUGAGAGCUACUUCUAUCGAGGUGGAAAGAUAAACUGGAUCAACUUCUGGCUUGCUGAUAAACAUAAGUGUGGUAUGAUAAUAGAGAGGGAUGCCUACAAAGAAGCAAAUACCUUACUAGACAACAUAGUAUAUCGUAAUAAAGCCAAACGCCCCAUAGAGAGUGUGAACAUAUACCAUCAUCCUGGCAGUGGUGGAAGUACAGUGGCACGACAGGUCCUCUGGAGGUGGAGAAAUAAAGUCCGAUGUGCAGUUGUUAAGCAGUGUAAGGAAAUCACAACUGUGUGUGAACAUGCAGUGAAACUGAGGGAACAUGAUGAGACAGACAAAAGCAAAUGUCUCCCAGUGCUCCUCCUAUUAGAGGACUACAAUAAGGAUUAUAUUGACGAUCUCAGGCGUCAACUUGGAAAUGUCAUUGCAACCAAAAAGAUAAGUCCCUCUGUGUUGUGUUUUAUCUUGCUCAUCUGCAGCAGGUCAAACGAUCCAGAAAGAAUGUGUAGAACAUUACCAUCUCAAACAAUAGCAGUCACUCACAAGCUGUCUGCAGACGAGAAGCCUCAGUUUUCAAAAAAGCUGGAGCAACUCAAACUGCAGUUUGAACCUGACUUCAUCCUCACAUUCGUACUCAUGAGUAAAGGGUACCAGCCAAGCUACAUUGAGGACUUUGUAAAAAAUCUUCUAGAUAAAAUCGAUCAUUCAACACCAAUAACUCGUCUCAUCAGAUUUGUGGCUCUCCUGAACUGCUAUGUCGAUGAUUCGUAUAUAUCUGUAUCACACUGUGAGGCAUCUCUCGGCAUUACUACCCAUUUUGACAAAGCUCAGUACCAUGCCUUUGUGGAUCAUCUAAGUGAAGAAGCCAGGCUCAUUUUCAUCCACCUUAACCAAAGUUCAACACACAUCCAAUCCAUACGAAUUAUUCAUCCACUGGUGGCAGAAGAAAUUCUGAGUCAGCUGUCUGCUAAUUUGCCUCAGAGUGAUAUUGCCACGGAUCUCAUCGGUGACAAGGUACUGAUCAACCACAGGUUUGACAGAGAUGAGUUUCUGAAGUUCAUCAGAGCUCUUUUCAUUAGACGCAACAAGAAGAGCAGAGGAGAUCCUAAAGACACAACUUUUUCACCCCUUAUUGAGCAUGUCUGUGAUGUUGAUAAAGGGGGUGUUCAGAAAGCUGUUGAUCUUAUGAAAGCUGCUUACAUAGCUUUAGGAAAAGAUGCGCAUGUGGCACAACAGCUUGCUCGGCUGCUUUACACUCAUAAUAGAUUUGAAGAGGCUCUUGAAUGUGCAGAGGAAGCAAAAUCUCUUCUUCCAUAUGACACAUUUAUACUCGACACAGUAGGACAAGUUUAUAAGUGGUGGUUUUAUCACUUGUAUGAUACCCUUGAAGAAAAAGAACCAUCUCCUGAAAGGUGCACUGAAAUCAUAAGCACAGCACUCAAAGGAAUUUCUGCCUUUCGGGCCUCUGAAAAAACACCAAUAUAUGAUACUGUCAGCUUUAACAGCUCAUAUUAUGGGGAAGUAGAUGUUGGUUGCAGGCUCCUAAAAUUCCUGUCAGGAGUAGACAUUUUUUCAAACACUACUGGAAAAUCAGAGCUGAUGAAGUACCUGCUAACAGACUACAUACCAGCAGAGGUCAAAACACCCUGGCAGAAGUUUCAUCAGCAGUUGAAAGGCUUACAGAGGAGCUUGAGCCAAGCACUUGAGUACAUUUCUGAAGAUCUUAGCUACUUUCAAACUGAUAUUAGCGAAGAUGAUGAAGAACUCGAUGCAAGGGAUCCAGAGCAAGUAUACAAUCCUAGAAAGUGGUUGACAAGGAAGAGUGCUGUAUAUGCUGGAUUUUUCUGCAAUGCACCAGAUGAGAGUGAUCAAAUAGCUGAAAGCAAAAACAUUGACAUGGUUGGUCCAGUUGAAAAGCUUUCUCCAUUCCAAAGACAGAUGAGGACCUACAAUCUUGGUGGAGGAAAUGUUACAUCCAUCCUCUCCCUACUUUAUGACAAAAAUGCAAAGAACGCAGGAAAAAAACUUGAGACAAUCUUUAGCCUGUACCCAAAAAACCUGAUGUGGAAUGAUCUUGAUCCAACAGAACUCACAAACUUCAUCUUUUGUCAGAUAGCUCUCAACUGUAUUCUACCUGGUUCCUCAAAGCUUCUGUCUCUUCAAAAGUUACAAGAACUCAGCAGGAGAUUUGUGACAAAAGGAAAACAGAUGUCAUCAGCAAGUGCUCUCUUCCUUCUCUCCCUUCUGUUUUGGCCUGAGACAAGUAAUGAAGUCAGUCAUAAUGACACUGAAAUUCUUUUAUCUGCCAUUGAUGCCCUUCAAAGACUCUGUGAGCACAAAAUCCAGCACAAAUCUCAGCGGAAAAGCAGAAUUGUGACACACUUCUUUUUGGCAAAGGCAAGAGGUCUUAACAAGAUUGUACACAGAAAUGCUAUCGAAAAGGAGAUUAAAGGCACUCUAAGUGAAAGAAAACUAAAAUGGCUUGGAGGAGAAGUAUGGAAAACAAAACAAGUUGUGCAACUUCUCAAACGGGUUGAAGGGUGGACAGAAAAUGAAAACUUGUUUGUGAAGUGUGGAAGCGGAGGCAGCAAGAUCAGAGUCAUUCCUCGAUAUAGUUCCUCCCUGCCACAUGGAAAUGAAAAGGUCACUUUCUACUUGGGCUUUUCAUUUGAUGGAGUAGUUGCCUUUGACAUCCAAGUGAUGGAAUAA